GGGCGCGACGCGGGGCUGGCGAGGCGAGGCUGCGCGUGGGGGCCCAGCACGCGAGGACCCAGCACGAGAGCGACUCCGGGCACGAGUCAGAGGAGGCGGCGGCGCCGGGGCCGCGGCUGACAGCGCUGAGGUGAGAGCGCAGCGCGGGCGCCAGAGUGACAGCCGGAGUCCCGGCGGCGCGGGGACCCGGCGCAGCGGCCACGAGCAUCCCGGGAGCGGAGUUGCUAGCGGAUCUCUGCCAGUGCUUCGGGGGACCGGGAAGGACCGGACGAGGAGUGACGAGGGGACCCCGAGAGGGACCACGGACUUCUCGUCCCUAAACCUCGAAGAGACGGCACUGUAGAUUCGAAGAGUAAAAUGUGAAGGCAUCUUGACCGCUCCUCAUUCUCAAGGAACCCGGUGUGGGAGACAGGAAUUGCCAGCGAGAAGAGGUUGCUGCUACAAUGAACCUGAGCGAUCCUGCGGGUCUUGUGCCACACAUCAGAAGGGACUGAAGGUCUCUAAGAGCAAAAGCAGUGGUCAAUGAGAGAGACCAAAGGACUGGGCCGCCGAAAAGCACUGCGCUUGCCCCACUGGCCACCAUGCGGAAAGGAGUGCUGAGGGACCCAGAGAUUGCCGAUCUCUUCUACAAAGAUGACCCCGAAGAGCUUUUUAUCGAUUUGCAUGAGAUCGGACAUGGGAGCUUCGGAGCCGUGUACUUUGCAACAAAUGCUCACACCAACGAGGUGGUUGCAGUUAAGAAAAUGUCCUACAGUGGGAAGCAGACCCAUGAGAAAUGGCAAGAUAUUCUUAAGGAAGUUAAAUUUUUACAACAGUUGAAGCAUCCAAACACCAUCGAGUACAAAGGUUGUUAUUUAAAAGAGCAUACUGCUUGGUUGGUGAUGGAGUACUGCUUAGGUUCAGCCUCGGACUUGUUAGAAGUUCAUAAGAAACCACUUCAGGAAGUGGAGAUUGCUGCUAUCACCCAUGGUGCCUUGCAGGGGCUGGCCUACCUCCACUUUCACUCCCUGAUCCACAGGGACAUUAAAGCUGGAAAUAUCCUCCUCACAGAACCCGGGCAGGUGAAGCUGGCUGACUUUGGAUCCGCCUCCAUGGCUUCUCCUGCCAACUCCUUCGUGGGGACACCUUACUGGAUGGCCCCAGAGGUGAUCUUAGCCAUGGACGAAGGACAGUACGAUGGGAAAGUGGACAUCUGGUCACUCGGCAUCACCUGUAUAGAACUGGCGGAGCGGAAGCCCCCCCUCUUCAACAUGAACGCCAUGAGCGCCCUCUACCACAUCGCCCAGAAUGACUCCCCCACGCUACAGUCCAGGGAAUGGACCGACUCCUUCAGGAGAUUCGUCGAUUACUGCUUGCAAAAGAUACCUCAGGAAAGACCAGCCGCGGUGGAACUGUUACGGCACGACUUCAUUCGGAGGGAGCGGCCACCACGGGUCCUCAUUGACCUCAUACAGAGGACAAAAGAUGCUGUCCGAGAGUUGGACAACCUGCAAUACAGAAAAAUGAAGAAAAUCCUCUUCCAGGAGACUCGAAACGGACCCUUGAAUGAGUCACAGGAAGAAGAAGAAGACAGCGAACAUGGAAGCAACCUGAGCAGAGAGGUGGACAGCCUGGGCAGCAUCCACUCCAUCCCCAGCGUGUCCGUGAGCACAGGCAGCCGGAGCAGCAGUGUGAACAGCAUGCAGGAGGUCAUGGAUGAGAGCAGCCCCGAGCUCGUCUUGAUGCAGGAGGAUGAAGGCACUGUCAGCUCCGGCUCCUCCAUGGUGCACAAGAAGGAUCAUGUAUUCGUAAGGGAUGAGGCGGGCCACGGCGAUCCCAGGCCUGAGCCGCGGCCUACCCAGUCAGUUCAGAGCCAGGCCCUCCACUAUCGGAACCGAGAGCGCUUUGCCACGAUCAAAUCCGCCUCUUUGGUCACACGGCAGAUCCAUGAGCAUGAGCAGGAGAACGAGUUGCGGGAACAGAUGUCAGGUUACAAGCGGAUGCGGCGCCAGCACCAGAAGCAGCUGAUCGCCCUGGAGAACAAGCUGAAGGCUGAGAUGGACGAGCACCGCCUCAAACUCCAGAAGGAGGUGGAGACGCAUGCCAACAACUCGUCCAUCGAGCUGGAGAAGCUGGCCAAGAAGCAGGUGGCUACCAUAGAAAAGGAGGCGAAGGUAGCCGCAGCAGAUGAGAAGAAGUUCCAGCAGCAGAUUCUGGCCCAGCAGAAGAAGGACUUGACAACUUUCUUAGAAAGUCAGAAGAAGCAGUACAAGAUUUGUAAGGAAAAAAUAAAAGAGGAAAUGAACGAGGACCAUAGCACACCCAAGAAGGAGAAGCAGGAGCGGAUAUCGAAGCAUAAAGAGAACCUGCAGCACACGCAGGCCGAGGAGGAAGCCCACCUGCUCACUCAGCAGAGACUGUACUAUGACAGAAACUGUCGCUUCUUCAAGCGGAAAAUAAUGAUCAAGCGCCAUGAGGUGGAACAGCAGAACAUUCGGGAGGAACUAAAUAAAAAGAGGACCCAGAAGGAGAUGGAGCACGCCAUGCUGAUCCGUCACGACGAGUCCACCCGAGAGUUGGAGUACAGGCAACUGCACACCCUGCAGAAGCUCCGCAUGGACCUGAUCCGGUUACAGCACCAGACGGAGCUGGAGAACCAGCUGGAGUACAAUAAGAGGCGGGAGCGGGAGCUGCACCGGAAGCACGUCAUGGAGCUUCGGCAACAGCCGAAAAACUUAAAGGCCAUGGAAAUGCAAAUCAAAAAACAGUUUCAGGACACUUGCAAAGUACAGACCAAACAGUACAAAGCACUCAAAAAUCACCAGUUGGAAGUCACUCCAAAGAAUGAGCACAAAACAAUCUUAAAGACACUGAAAGACGAGCAGACGAGAAAGCUGGCCAUUUUGGCAGAGCAGUACGAACAGAGUAUAAACGAGAUGAUGGCCUCUCAGGCGUUACGGCUAGACGAGGCGCAAGAGGCGGAGUGCCAGGCCUUGAGACUACAGCUCCAGCAGGAGAUGGAGCUGCUCAACGCCUACCAGAGCAAAAUCAAGAUGCAGACGGAGGCCCAGCACGAGCGCGAGCUGCAGAAGCUAGAGCAGAGGGUGUCUCUGCGCAGAGCGCAUCUUGAGCAGAAGAUUGAAGAGGAGUUGGCCGCCCUGCAGAAGGAACGUAGCGAGAGGAUCAAGAUUCUCCUGGAAAGACAAGAGCGAGAGACGGAGACUUUUGACAUGGAGAGCCUCAGAAUGGGAUUUGGGAAUUUGGUGACAUUAGAUUUUCCUAAGGAGGACUAUAGAUGAGAUUAAAUUUUUUUUGCCAUUUACAAAAAAAAAAAAAAUGAAAAAAAGAAAACAAAAAAAUUCAGACCCUGCAAAACUACAUUCCCCAUUUUAACGGGCAUCGCUCUCACUUCACUCUCUCUCUCUUUCUCUCCCCCUCUCUCUCUCUUUCUCUCUCUCUCUCUCUCUUCCUGACAUCGUGUCGGACUAGUGCCUGUUUACUCUUACUCCAUCAGGGGCCCUUUCCUCCCCAUGUCAACUUUCGGCGCCGGCCGGUCCGCCCGGCCGGCCCUACCGUCCACCACCCACACCGAAGUCGCGGUGUGGCUCACAGAUGCUCUGGCGAAAACCUUGGAGGUGGUUCUGGGGUCAGUCAACCAACAAACGGCAAUGGAACGCAGAUGGAUAUUGCUUUAAGCAAUCCCUCAUUGUCACCAACUAGUGAAAAUAAAGCAAAAAAAAAGUAAAUAAAGAAAGGAAACUAAAUAAAUAAUACAUGCCAAGGGGGAGAGAGACACAAAAUCCGCAGCCUUACACCUUAACCAGCUGCUGCAUAAUUUUAUUUUAUUUUAUUUUUUUGGUAUUUAUUCAUCAGGAAUUAAAAAAAACAAAGUUUUAUUAAAGAUUGAAAAUUUGAUACAUUUUACAGGAACUAAUUGUGAUGUACAUAUGAAGUGGUAACAUAUUAUUACUAUUUUGGGGCCGGGGUGGGGGGGUGGGGUGCAGAGAGCUUGUGAUUUUUAAGAACCUGCCGGCAAGAGUUUGCCUUGCCGUCAGCCUGGUCUACUGUAUCCCAGCAUCCUCUGCUGUUGCAGACGGUGCGAAUACACGUACGGAACUCACAGAAUCCCAGUAGCACAAAAUUGGGCUUUGGCAAAUCAUGUAUUUUGUGUAUAGAGGGAAUCUAAGGAGAGGAAUUGCUUAUUUUCAUAUUGUAUUUUAACUGUUUCUCUGAUCAAAAUUUUUUUACUUCCUCCUCCUGUUCCUCCCUACCCACCCACGCCCACCUCCCGGCGGUUUCCAGUUCAGUCUCGAGUUCAAUGUCUUUUUCAGUCCGAUCAUCUCCGUUUAUUUCUCCUUCCCUCCCCGCGCCCCCUAUCUUUGGUCAUAAAUAUUGCAUUAUUCAUCCUUUCAAACUGUGUAUUUUCUUACAAUAAAAAAUGAUGAAGAAAAAAAGGCUUUACUCCUUUGGCAUGCACCUUAAAAAAAAAAAACACUUUAAAAAAAAAAAAACCUUUUUCAGGUUCCGAGGAAGAGCAUGAUUAACUGUCAGGGCUUUUAAUUAUAUUUGUAAAUAAAAGUGUUCGUCACA